ACAUGUCCCAUCAUGCACAUCGAAGGGGGCGUAGUCGCUGUAAGUACAUGGCAAAUUCCUGCAGACAGUGAGGAUGAAGAGCUCCUAAUCAGUAGAUUAAAGCCAUUUAAUUGAUUAUUUUGAUUGUGCUAGUCGUUCUACCUUAAAACGAUGACUUCAAAGGACCCGAGUGCAUCAAAUAGUUCCUUGCUUUAUUUGAUUUAUCAGCAUUUAAAGGAGAAUGGUUACCAGAAGGCUGCAAACGUGCUGAAAAAACAUGUAACUCAGAUUGAAGCACCAGAAGAGAUCACCUCUUUACAUGACAUCUACACAAGUUGGACCAAGGUCUCGGAAAUUGGACAAAAUCCGAAACAAGAGCCUGAAGUGGAUUCCACCACCCUGAAGAAGAUUAAGGCCGAUCCAUCAACCAAAGAAGAAGAAGAUGUGGACUCAAAACCAAUUGAUUCUCUACCUCCUGCCCCCCACACACCCCAGGGUGCAACCCCAGAGAAUGAGGAGCCGGUCCCACAGGAUGAGUUGUCAUCUACUCCAGUCAGUAACGGGACAGUGGAAACAUCAGCCCCUGUACCAGCGGUCACCCCUUUAAAACCAGCAGGGAGCUCAGACAGUGACUCUGAGAGCAAGGAGGAGAUUCCCCUCACACAGGGAGAUACUGUCACCCCAAAGGCCUCUUCAGCUGUCCCUACCACCACGCCCUCAAAACAUGUAGACGGGAACAGCGAAUCAGACAGUGAGAAUGGGAUUCAUCCAUCACAGACUGUUGUCAUUCCCAGUAAGGCCUCAGCUCCCAGUAAGACUCCAGCCAUCCCCACAGCUCCCAGUAAAGCAGAGAGUUCAGACAGUGAAGAGGAGGUUACUGUCAAGAAACUAGCAUCUGCGGCUGCUCUUAUGAAACCAGCCAAGGCGAUCCCAGCAGCCCCAGUGAGGCCCAGUGUAGUCACCCCCAGUCAGGCUACAGCUGCUCCCAAGACUCCUGCUGCAGGGAAGAAAGCACAGAGCUCUGACAGCGACAGCUCUGACUCAGACAGUGAGGAGGAGGCUCCUGUAAAGAAACCUGUGGCGACACCCAAAGCCAAGCCUGUGGCUGCAACUCUGGUCAAGGCAGAAGCAGUGAAAUCCACCUCUAUUAAAAAACCAACAAACAGCUCAGACAGUGACAGUGAUGACACUGAGGAGGAGGCUCCUGUAAAGAAUCCUGCACUGACACCCAAAGCUGCUCCUGUGAAACUAGCCAAGGCGAUCCCAGCAGCCCCAGUGAAGCCCAGUGUAGUCACCCCCAGUCAGGCUACAGCUGCUCCCAAGACUCCUGCUGCAGGGAAGAAAGCACAGAGCUCUGACAGCGACAGCUCUGACUCAGACAGUGAAGAUGAGUUAACUGUAAAGAAAUCAACACAGACCCUGAAGGCUGCUCCUGUGAAACCAGCCAAGGCGAUCCCAGCAGCCCCAGUGAGGCCCAGUGUAGUCACCCCCAGUCAGGCUACAGCUGCUCCCAAGACUCCUGCUGCAGGGAAGAAAGCACAGAGCUCUGACAGCGACAGCUCUGACUCAGACAGUGAAGAUGAGUUAACUGUAAAGAAAUCAACACAGACCCUGAAGGCUGCUCCUGUGAAACCAGCCAAGGCGAUCCCAGCAGCCCCAGUGAAGCCCAGUGUAGUCACCCCCAGUCAGGCUACAGCUGCUCCCAAGACUCCUGCUGCAGAGAAGAAAGCACAGAGCUCUGACAGCGACAGCUCUGACUCAGACAGUGAAGAUGAGUUAACUGUAAAGAAAUCAACACAGACCCUGAAGGCUGCUCCUGUGAAACCAGCCAAGGCAAUCCCAGCAGCCCCAGUGAAGCCCAGUGUAGUCACCCCCAGUCAGGCUACAGCUGCUCCCAAGACUCCUGCUGCAGAGAAGAAAGCACAGAGCUCUGACAGCGACAGCUCUGACUCAGACAGUGAGGAGGAGGCUCCUAAGACUCCUGCUACAGUCAUAGAGGCAGCUCCCAGUAAGGCCUCAGCUCCCAGUAAGACUCCAGCCACCCCUACAGCUCCCAGUAAAGCAGAGACCUCAGAAAGUGACACCUCAGACAGUGAAGAGGAGGUUACUGUCAAGAAAUCAACACAGACCCUGAAAGCUGCUCCUGUGAAACCAGCCAAGGCGAUCCCAGCAGCCCCAGUGAAACCCAGUGAAGUCACCCCCAGUGCUCCCAAGACUCCUGCUGCAGGGAAGAAAACACAGAGCUCUGACAGCGACAGCUCUGACUCAGACAGUGAGGAGGAGGCUCCUGUAAAGAAAACCACCCCAGUCUCAGCCCCAAGCAAGGCCAAAGCCUCUCCUAAGACCCCAGCAGCAGCUGCUAAGAUGGAGACUGACAGCUCAGAUUCCUCUGACAGUGAGGAUGAGGCCCCUGCCAAGCCCACUCCCAGCCCGGCUAAAACCACACCCAAGGCCCCUGCUGCAGCUAAGAAGGCCGACAGCUCGGACAGUGAUGAGUCUGACACUGAGGAGGGCAAGCCAGCUAAAUUGUUUUUGUUUCUACAGAAGGUCACUGCCUCCGUAGCCAAACCUUCAACUCCUGUACAGGAGGAGGACAAAGAUUCCUCAGACAGUGAGGAUGAAGAAACACCAUCGAAACCAGAAUCCACACCAUCUGAGAAAUCUGUCACGCAAACCCAGGCAACGCCUCCUGCUGGCAAGGAGGGAGGUACAGAGGAACACAGUACAGCAGAGAAGGUUGAAGCUGUUCCAGUCAUACCUACAACUGAAACAGCAGCUGAGGAAAACAGCAGUGAUGAUCCAACCGAUAUUGAAGGAUCUCCUCCUGAAGUCCCUGAGGUGGACACACCCCCUGCCUCUGGGCCAGAGAGUGCAAAGGAGGAGGAGGUCCCAGAGAGUCCCCAGAAGGUCCUAAAGACAGACACUUCUUCAGAGAAGCCCAAGACAGAGGAUCAGAUAGUGACCUCUACAACAUCAGAGGACAAGAGUGACACCCCUGAACUCCUAUCAGAAGCCCCUGCUACGGCUGCUGAGAUCAGAACUGCUUUAGAAGAGGAGUCAAAGGAGUGUGUUGACCCAGUUAUCACCAAUUCAGCAUCUGAAGACUCGGAGCCUGAAAAAGUGACCAUUGCGACAAUUGUUGAGACAAUCCCCACAGAGACAGAGGAGCCAAACACUGAUACCCCAACACCUGGAUCAAAGAGGAAGAGGAGUAAAGAGACAACGGACACAACUCCCAAGAAGAAGAAGAUGAAGAAGAAGAAGGGGGAGGUUGAAGAGAAUGGGCAGCCUGCAGUAGAGGAGGAUGGAGAUGAGUCCAGUCUGGACACAAAGGGGUUGGAGCUGACUCCAUCAGACGAUUCCAAGGUGGAUACCACCCCGGCUUCAGAGUCUGGCUCCACCACUCUUGUUCUGUCAGCAAAGUCACUCAAGAAAAGGAAAAGAAAGAGGGCGAAGAAAAGAGGUGCGAAGGCCGAGAGGGAGUCACCGGAAGAGGACGAAAAAACAGACUUCGUCCCAAAAAAUAAAAAAAUUAAAAAGAGCAAGAAAAACACAACAUCCAACCUGACACCAUCAACUCCAAAGACCACAGCUGCUAAGAGGCCUCUUCCUCCCACCCCUGAGCCGGAGGAGCUAGAGACUCCCAAGAAGAAGAAGAAGAAGAAAGUCGCAGAGAAAGGGAGCGCUGUGAAGGAAAAUACAACUCCAGGCAUUGAAACAAAGAAGAAGAAGAAGAAAGUCGCAGAGAAAGGGAGCGCUGUGAAGGAAAAUACAACUCCAGGCAUUGAAACAAAGAAGAAGAAGAAGAAAGUCGCAGAGAAAGGGAGCGCUGUGAAGGAAAAUACAACUCCAGGCAUUGAAACAAAGAAGAAAAAGAAGAAGGCUGCUGAAGCUGAAAACACUGUGAAAGACUCUGCAAUCUCAACUCCUGAACCGAGCCUUACACCAGAGACCCAAAAAAACAAAAAGAAGAAAAACAAGCUGACAGAGAAAAAGGAGAAAAUUAAAACUGCAUGGAAAACACCAGUAAAAGCCUCAACAGGACCUUUGCCUAACACAGAAGUGACUAAGAGAAAUAAGUCCUCCAAGAAGAACUAAUCCAAUGGUGAAGUGUCAGGAGAUGGUGGAUAUCUUCUCCAGGGAAUGAAGUGGAGCUGCCAACGUCAAUCAGAAGACCACCUCGAUCACACUGGUGCCUGAGGUUUCAACCAAAAGAAGGGGAAACUGGUGUUCUGGCCUGUACAUGUACUUAAGGUUCUACACAUGUAUUUUAGGGGAACAUCUGUAUUGUGUUACUAUCAACACAAUCUAUGUUUUAACCAUAUAUUAUAUAAGCUUGCUAAACCAGGCAUGUAUUGACAUGAAAAAGGCAAAAUAAUCAUACCAUUCUAUUUGAAAUGUUGAAUAAACGGGACAAAGAAACUAACACAUUUGCACAGCCUGAUGGAACGUGAACCCAUCGUCAGUGUAUUUGCCAAGUCCUAACCAAUGAUAAAACAAUCAUUAGGUAUUAAUAUGUCCUUGGUCUAGCAUUGCUGUCUUGAUAAUAUUGUAGGGUGUAGUACUCUUGCAUGUUGUGGGUUUUCAUUUCUGUUCUUUAAGCUGUGAACACUUUCACAUAAUUGUGUGUAAGGUAAGGGAUUGUUAGAACUCAAAAUGGGGAACACUUGUAGCAAAUGUCACUCCAAAUACUGUACUAUGCACCUCACGAAUCCUAUUGCUGAGCCCAUAGCCUUGUGUUUUAGCACUUAUGUUAGACCUAUACACCUAUGCAGAGGAAGGUUCUGAGGGACCGGAGGAGGAUAGCUGAUCUGACUGACUCAGAGAAUUUGCUGAACUCCCAUGUUUACAAACCAGUAUUUGUGUCACAUUCUUGUGAAAACUUUUCUUCCCAUUUGUCAUUUUCUGAUUGUUCAUUAUCAAUAAAAAAAGUUUAAUCUCUUAA